GUCCUGAUCAGAGGCAAAGCCCUCCACUAACUAGUACCAGUAUUUAUUAUGUCCAGCUCAGUGCUCACAGCACAGGUGGCAGCCAGCCAGCAGCCGGCAUAAUGGACGCCAAGGGGGACUCCUCGUCAGCUGCGUCCUCGUCCUCACCGCCGACGUCGCAGGGCCGCCGCCUCCCGCAGCAUCAGCUGCCGCCCAAGCGGCGUGCCGGCCGCAAGAAGACCCGCCACCCGGUGUACCGCGGCGUGCGCGACCGGGCGGGGCCGGGGGGCACCCGCUGGGUCUGCGAGGUGCGGCAGCGCCCGCAGGCGCAGGCGCGCAUCUGGCUCGGCACCGACCCGACCCCGGAGAUGGCCGCGCGCGCGCACGACGUCGCCGCCAUCGCGCUCCGCGGCGCCAGCACCGCCGACCUCAACUUCCCGGACUCCGUCCACACGCUGCCCAGGGCGCGCACCGCCGUGCCCGAGGACAUACGAUGCGCCGCCGCGCAGGCCGCCGAGCUGCACCGCCCGUCGUCAGGUUCCUCCUCCGGCCACCAGCAGCACAUCAUCGCAACGGCGGCGGAGCCUUGUACUCCCAGCUGGGCCUUCCUGGACGAGGACGCCAUCUUCGACAUGCCCGGCCUGAUGGACGACAUGGCCAGGGGGAUGCUGCUGACGCCGCCGGCGAUGGGGAGAGGGAUCGAUUGGGACGCCGUUGACGACGAACAUACCCACGUCGACGGCACGCUGUGGAUGGACAUGGAGGAUUGA